AUGCUGGAUAGGUUCGGUGUAGAGGCCAUGGGAAUUGAGCGCGUGCCAGCGACGAGGCGUCCGCAGCGAAAUCCUUGGGAUUGCUUCACAAUGUGGUGCGCGGCCAAUACAACCAUCUCGACGUUCAGCACCGGAACUCUUGGUCCUGGUUUAUUCGACAUGGGCUUGAGAGACUCGAUAUUGACUAUCCUAUUUUUUAACCUUGUUUCGACUAUCCCGGUGGCCUACUUCUCUAUUUUUGGUGCUCGUAGCGGCUUGAGACAGAUGGUAUUCUCUCGCUUCACCUUCGGGUAUUGGUUCUGCAUGCUCCCAGGGAUUCUCAAUUGUAUCGCUACUAUAGGUUGGGCCACAAUCAACACGAUUGUUGGGGGCCAGACGUUUCGAGCUAUCUCCAGCUCAAACAAUAUUCCGGUGUGGGCCGGUAUCCUGAUUAUCGCUGUUCUGAGUCUACUCCCACCAUUCGCUGGGUAUAGAUUCGUCCACAAUUAUGAGCGGUGGUCUUGGAUUGCCCCUGCCAUCAUUUUCUUCGUCAUGCUUGGCACAGGUCUCAGCUACAUAGAAGACGGUUGGGGUGGCAGCGGGCCUGUAGAAGCUGCCAGCGUUUUGAACUUCGCGGCGAGCGUCGUCGGCUACGGGCUUGGUUGGGCCAGUUUUUCAGCUGAUUAUACAGUAAACUUGCCCGAGGAUACUUCCGCUUGGAGCAUUUUUGUUGCGACGUAUCUCGGUCUUAACGUUCCUCUGAUCUUGGUGGAAUCCCUCGGCGCUGCGUAUAUGACUACCAUCGUCAACAACUCUACUUGGUCGGAUAUGUAUGACGCAAAUAGCGUCGGAGGUUUGAUUGCGGCUGGGCUCACUCCCCUGAAUGGCGUAGGCCAUUUCUUCACUUUGAUAAUGGCACUUUCCAUUGUCGCCAACAACAUACCAGAUGUCUACUCCCUUGCUCUCACUGUGCAGAUAUUCGGCCCUCGGUUCCAGGCUGUUCCCCGAGUCUUCAUUUCCGUUAUCGGGACUGCUGUGUAUAUCGUUCUUGCCAUCGUGGGUGCCUCUCAUUUUGAGUCCUGGCUUGAUACGCUUCUGGUCCUGCUGUCGUAUUGGACUGCCAUAUACGCAAUACUUCUUACGGAAGAGCAUCUCAUCUUCAGGCGCAGCUGGAGCAAUUACGACUUCGACGCAUUUAGCAAGUAUCAAGCCCAACCACCUGGGAUAGCAGCGUUCAUUGCACUUGGGUGUGGGGUGAUGGGGGCCGUCUUGGGUAUGGCACAGACGUGGUACAUCGGCAUCCUUGGCCGCAAAAUCGGCGACCUCAACCUUGGUGGUGAUAUUGGAUUUGAGCUUGCAUUUGCGUUUUCUGCCAUCUCUUACCCCCCCUUACGCUACCUCGAGAAACAGUACUUCGAACGUUGA